ACGUGACCAAAAUCUGGGACAAGUAUCACAAGGUUGAGACAGUUUUUGAAAACGAAUUUACUCCAGAAGCUGCCAGAAAUGACACGCUUAUAGAGCUUAGAGAAAUGUCGUUUAGUGUGUACAUUUGUUCUGUUUACUUCGGUGCUGCCUGUUGAGUUAGAUUUGCUUUAGUGGAACGGAUGUGCGCCUACAGUGUCUGACGUUUUUGUCCGCACCUUGUUGAAUGUUUUUCAUUUCAAGACCCGGAAGCGAGCUCCUGCUACAAGCUAGCUGUUACUAUACGCAAUGAAGCGCACGAAAGAAUAAUACAACAAGGCAUACAUUAUUUUAAUUUGACGACACGCGUUAAUUAAAGAACAGAUACGCUGUCUUUAAAGAUUAUUAUUAUCCCUGUAACUUGCCUCGUUUCCCGUUAGGUCUGCUAACUGCUCUGCUAUUUAGCCAUCUGUUAAAUUGACGCUAACAUUAGCAGUAAGUUCCCGUUAGCAGGUUGGUUACUGCCUGGUGAUGGCUGUGGCACUCAGAGGAGGUGUUGUGGCCGGAUUUUUAUUCCUACUGAUACUGACUGAAUGCAAAGCAAGGAUACACAAGCUAACCCUGAAGAACGAAACUCGGGUUUUGGUCCCACUCAACUCCUUUGGCUUCUAUCCCAAUGGGACUCUGGACGUCAACCUGCUGGCUUUGCGUCUCUUCGAACAGGAUUCGGUCAACCACAGCGACUUUCCAGUUGGUUUCAGCCUCUCCCGGUCACGUGUCAGUGGAGUGCUAUCAUACACAGCAGAGCAGCCGGCAACGUGCCCUCUCAAAUCCAAGACAUCACCCAACAACGAGCCUCUAAUUAUUUUCCUUAUUGACGUCAAAAGACUCCAGGUCAAUGUGACAGUCGUAGGAGAGCAAGACAACAUCUUGACAGCAAAGCGAAAAGUGCUCCCUCCAGAUCAGAGGAAAAGGAGGGAUGUUCCCCCGGAGGGUGGUGCACCAUUACAACCUGUCAACAAUGCAGAACAUGCAUCCAGUCAGGACAAAAAUGAAGGGGACUCUGGGAACCAGAAGAAAGACAGUCAGACCGAUCAAAAAGCAAUUCCUGCAGAAGAUGAAACACCUUUCGAUCUGAAUAAAACGAAGUCGUUCGUCUUGGCGUUGAACAGAAUGGAAAACUCCUAUAACUUCAGCUUCCACCUGAAGGUGGGCUUGGUUGCACAGGGUCUUUACAACCUCAACUUCCACUAUUGUCAGAACCUGGCUACUAGAAACAUGUUGCCCUAUUCUUUCGCUGUGGAAGUGACAGAGAAGAAUCCAGGCGGCUGCUACUUGUCUGCAGCAGAAAUUCCUCUGUCGCGCCUUUACAUCGGUAUGGCUGGAGUGUUCUUCACUGCUGCCCUGGUGUGGGUUUACACACUAAUGAAGCACAGAUACAGCGUUUUUAAGAUUCACUGGCUGAUGGCGGCACUGGCCUUUACCAAGUCUACUUCUCUGGUUUUCCACAGUAUCAACUACCACUUCAUCAACACUGAGGGACAUCCUAUUGAAGGCUGGGCCGUCAUGUAUUACAUCACACACCUGCUGAAAGGGGCUCUGCUGUUCAUUACUUUGGCACUGAUCGGCACCGGCUGGGCUUUUGUUAAAUACAUCCUGUCUGACAAAGAAAAGAAGAUCUUCAUGAUUGUCAUCCCUCUACAGGUCCUGGCUAAUGUGGCCUACAUCAUAAUCGAGUCCACAGAAGAAGGUUCCAGCGAAUACUCCAUGUGGAAGCAGAUCCUGUUUCUGGUUGACCUCAUCUGCUGUGGAGCCAUCCUUUUCCCUGUUGUCUGGUCCAUUCGUCACCUACAAGAAGCAUCCAGCACUGAUGGCAAAGCUGCUAUGAAUCUGGAAAAGCUCAAGCUGUUUCGGCAUUAUUAUGUGAUGAUUGUGUGUUACAUUUACUUCACGAGGAUCAUAGCCAUUCUGCUCAAGAUCACGAUGCCUUUCCAGUGGCAGUGGUGCUACGAGUUUCUGGUGGAGGUCUCUACUCUGAUCUUUUUCGUGUUGACGGGCUACAACUUCCGACCAGCGUCCAAUAACCCCUACCUCCAGCUCCCCCAGGACGAGGAGGACGUUGAGAUGGAUGAAGUAGUGACUGAGUCGGGUGCACUGGAGGGCAUCUCCAAAGUCAAGAAGACAUCGAACGGACGCGACCGCCAGAAAGAAUCCACCUUGUGAGCAGGGAAGCUGCAUCUCCGGGAGGGUCCCACUGAAACCCCCCCCCCUCCCCAGACCUGCUGGUGUACAAAGGGGUGCACACGGACCAAAUCGACCCCAUCCCCUAUCAAGUGACAGCUCUCCUUGUCGAACUUUUUAAGUAGUUGCAGUGGAUUGCAGAAGUGCAGUUUGCUGUCCGGCUAUGCAAAAAACCAAACUUUGUUGGACGCUCUUCAUUUCCUUGAAACGCUCCACCCAGAAACUCAGAAAAGUUUCAGGGGGACAGAACAUGGAAGGGUGGAGGACCGAAAAGAAGGAGCUCUGAUGAUCUUUACAGUUUUCAUCUCUCUCUGACUCUUUUUCUUUCUGCUUCUCUCUCUCUCCAAAGAUAAUGAUCAUUUUAGAGGAAGACUUGCUUCCAGGUGUGUUUAUAUUGGUUAUUUAAGAUGGUACUCCUGUGAGCCUCUUAGCUGUACCUUUUUGUGUGUGCUGUGAGUACAGGUGUGUGUGAGCGUGUGUGAGAAAGUGAGACAACACAAGAUUUGGACAGUUUUUUUUUUCCACUUUGGAGACGAUAGCCCAUACUCAGGUAAAAGGCUAAUCAAUAUAUAUAUUUAAGAAUUAGGCAACAAUUUGAACCAGUUGUUUCUCUUUCCAGUAUUCAGGGGUUGUCCCAUCAGCCGUCUUACACCGCCAUCACCACACAGUUCACUAUAUGUUACUUUUUUCUCUGUAUUUGAUUUGUAUAUUGAAAUACAUGGAUUGACAUGGUUGCGUAUUUCAAUAUAGGGUCUUUCCAUGUCAGCUCUUGCAGAGUCCAGAACUCUUAAUGGAUUUUCUAAAGAAAAUAAUUGUGAAGUCUUCUAUUAAGUUCAUUGGCUUUUGCAAAAUCCUCAAGUUCCACUGUAACUAAGAGCUAAAUAUCAUCAUUAGUAUGUGCACUUGAGGCCUCGCAGUGGUUUUUUCAUUAGACCAGGUUGAAAUUCUGCUGAAUGUCCAAGAAAUCAUCAUUCAGGCCUGAGACCAAGCAGGAGUUAAGGCCCUGGUGAAACUGUACAGGGUCUUGUUGUGCUCUUUUUCGACUGUUUGACCUUUUUUUUUUCAGAGGUACUAAUGUAAGGUACAUGUACUGGAUCAAGUCACAAAAACUCAACAGGGAGUCCACCAUUUUGCUUUUGAAUAUGCAACUCUUGUCUGGUUUUUGGUGUUUUGUGCCACUGUGCUGGUGAAAGAAGAAGGGACAUUCAACUCCUUUGUACUUUAUCCAAAAGGAGGCGAAGACGUCAGACAGAACUGACUACAGUAAAACCAGGGGAGACGUGACAUCCCUGAGCACGGCAGCUUUAAAUAGUUAAUGUUGAAUCAAAGUAAAAAAAAAUCUAAAUCACUUGUGACCCAGAUGAGAAAUGCUCUUACUCCAUGUGUCUUUAAGUGUUCCUGAUGCAGAUCAAACAGACCCGGACAGGCUCUUCUCAUUCAUAUCAGUGUGGACUGUCGCACGUUCACUUGGAUCAUUCAUUAGCAGCUCACCUCAGCCUUCCAAACGCAAAAAAACCCCCCUCCAAUUAACCAUGAAAACUUCCGUAAAGUUAAGGGUGCGUCGCAGAAUCCUAACACUUUACUCCGAAUACUUCAAGACACAUGAAAACCAAGAUGUGAAACAUCUCAAAGCUGAUGAGACUCAGUAUUUAUCACAAAUGAUUAAGAGAAAUUCUUAGUCAGUACAUUCAUGACAUACAACUCAUUAAAUAAUAAUAAUUAAAAAAAGCUCAUUGGCUCAAAGGUAACAUCACCAAAAAAGUAAAAGUACAAUAAUGAACCAUUUUUAAUUAACUUUUGAAAGAGUAACAGAUUACUCUGAAAACUGCUAUUUAUCCACAAUAAAUAUACACUGUACCAUAAAGAAUGUUUAAUGUAGAUAUAGAUAAUGUGAUUUUUAAAGUAUGCAGUCAAAAUGUGAUAUCUGAAAUUAUACUUAAAAUCAAUGGCAGCUGUUUUUUUUUUUUGUUUUUUUUUGUACCACAUAACAUGAUAAAUCUGUAUUAAUGCUUCACACGACAUAAACGAAUGGAAAUAAUUUACUAAAAAUUAAAAGAAAUUUGUUAACUUGAUUUCAGCAACAACUAUUUUAACAAGCACACGUUACAUCUCAUCAAAUAUGUUAAAUUAUCUUGUGUAAUGUGUUGAUAUCAUUUGUAAUCACAAGGAUCAGUACUUAGGGUUUAAAUGCUGUUUUUUUGUAAAAGCUGAACAAAAACAGAAGGUUAUUGUGGUUAUAAACUAUUCUUUAGGACCAGAAAGUGUCACAGCAGAGAAUUCAAAACAACCAAAAUGCACAUGAAAAACAACAAACACUGAAGUAAAUACAGAAGGAAAAAGUUUAGAUUUUUGACAUAUAAAAACAUGUUGGAGUAAUUAAAAUAUUGUGGUUUUGUCCGAUCCUGGUGGAAGUUCUUGGAUGUUCAGCACAAUUUUCAACCCAAUUCAAUGAAAUACAAGCAACUGAGGCACAUAUAAAGUCUUUAGAGUACAGCGGUAUGAUUUAGUGAAACCCUGUGAGUUUAAUAGACAUUUUCUCAUGACUGUUUUUACAGAUAAUCCAGUAUAUGAAGGCCUCAUUGAGCUGUCAUGGAGUGACUGUAUUAUAUUGAAAUAUUCUAUUUCAGUAUUACUGUUUAAGUUGGAGAAGCCUCUGUGUUCCUCCCAGUCAUGGACUGCUGCUGUAAUUUAGUGCUUUAGUGGUUGAGGUCACCUCACGUCUCUGGUGGUCGUAUGUGGACCUCUUGAUGAAUAAACAGGUUUUGGAUCCGUUUCUUUGUGAAGAAAACCCAUGGCCCUCUUUGUGUUCCACAACGGCCUUAUGUUUUGUUUUGUUUAUUUUUUUGUUUUAUUUUUUUUACCCUUUUUGGCCAUGCGGUGCCAAUCUGGGCAGAGAAGUGACUUAUAAUGAAUUGUGUUUUGCAUUUGUCUGCUUUUGGUUUUACCUUUUUGCUCUUGAUGUGAAGCUUAUUUUAUUAAUUAUUGCUGACUUAUUAAUUAUACAAGGUGGAGAACAUGUGCAGAGAGGUGUGUUCAAUGGCCGUUUGUAAAUAUGUUAAAGACAAAAGACUGUUGGCACAUGAGGAGGCACACAACACUGAUAGGAGCUGCAUUGAGGCUUUAUAGACAGACGGCGGUGACAGGUUUAGUUUCGAUGACUGCUCGAAUUUGACCGCACACUCCUGGACACAGAGCUGUACGCUGUGUUUACAGACUGUUGGGAGGACGCCACUGGGCAGGCGGUGAACCAGAGGAGUGCAGUGGAGCUUUGUGCUGGUUACUGAAGGCUGUUUCAUGUGUAAACUGUCGCAAUAAAGCCGGUGUUCUGGAAAGGUCUGA